AUGGCAGAAGCGUCAAGCUCUGCUGCGCCUGCGGGCUCCAGCAAGCCCCCGGUGAUUGAGAAGCCGCCUAACCCGGUCUUCAAAAUGAUGGGUCUGCCGAAUAUGCGUUUCAAAUUACCCUCUCGUAAUUGGAUGAUCUUCCUCACAAUCACUGGAUCCUUUACCGGUGCUAUCAUGUAUGACCGUCGAGAGAAACGGCGCGCGCAACAAAAAUGGGCGGACCUUGUGGCUCAUUUAUCCAAAGAAUCCCUGCCAAUUAACGAGAUGCGCCGGAAAUUGACAGUCUAUCUGUCUGCUCCCCCUGGAGAUGGAUUGCGCGUGGCCCGGGAUCACUUCAAGGAAUACGUCAAGCCGAUCCUGGUCGCCGCCGCGCUAGACUACACUGUUGUCGAAGGACGCCGUGAAGGAGACGUGAGAGCUGGCAUGGCAGAGAACAUUCGCAAGAUGCGCCGCAAGGCUGGAGAAUCAAGCUCAGCCGUCGAAGAAGUCGGCGCCGAGGCUGCCGUUACUGCCGCCCGCGAACAGUUCGGUAUUCGUGACGAGCCCGGUCCUAAGGGCGACUUGGUCAUCGGUCGGCAUACUUGGAAGGAAUACAUCCGGGGCUUGCACGAGGGCUGGCUUGGACCUUUAGAUCCGCCUCCCCCACCUCCGGAGGAACCUUCGAUUGAAGUCAUCGAGGCACCCAUUGUAGAUGAGGCGCCCAUCGCAGACAAAGCCCCCGAGGCUACGACCCCGCAGAUUUCGACCAUUGAGUCCCUCGAGUCAUCCCUUCAGUCCGAUAAGGAAAACAGUAUCCCGGAUCCAAAGGCAGAGGAGGCGAAGGAGGCCGAGAAGAAAGAAAAGUCCGACAAGCCUGCCGGUCCUACCCCUGCAUACAUCUCCCCCGCCGAAUACUCGUCCGCCAGCCUUCCUCCCUCUCUCCCCCAGUCUUUCGACAGCUCUAUGCCUGUUGAAUUCCCCCACAUUCUCGGAUUCCUAAAUACCCCCAUCCGAUUCUACCGCUUCCUUACACAGCGCCACCUUGCCGAGAACGUUGGGCGCGAAGUCGCUGCCAUUGUCCUCGCGGCUAACGCGCGUCCUUACCAUGACGAAUCUUUCAGCGCAGGCUCUGAGCCUACUGGAGCCAGCAUCGACCCCACACCUUCCCCAGAUGCCUCGUUCGCAGAUGAUAUUCCCUCCGGCAAGUACGAGCAACAGACCGUACUUGUCGCCGCCGAGCAGGAGUGGCACAAGUCUGCGCGUAAGCGUGAAGAGUGUGACAAGGAGCGCGAGUGGCUUGACGACGUUGUUCUCGACCAGCGCAUUGCCUCGCGCAUGCAGCGUGCUCUUCUCUCCCCCGAAGACGAGGCGCGCUCCCAGCGCAUUGCCGAGCAGCAGGAGUACAUCCUUGGUGAGGAACGGCCAACUGCUGUUCCUUUCUGGAAGCGGAUGUGGAUCAACUACGGCUAUGGUGAGAGUGAGGAAGCCCUGCGUCGCAAGCCGAUUUUGGGUAACCUUGAUGGAGAGGACGGACAGUAA